AUGAUAGCUCGGAGAGCUCAGUAUGGCCGGCGUCUCGCGACAAUGAUAGCUCGGAUGGCUCAGUAUGGCCGCUGUCGCGCUACAACGAUAGAUCGGAUAGCUCAGUAUGGGCGCUGUCUCGCUACAACGAGAGAUCGGAUAGCUCAGUAUGGGCGGUGUCUCGCUCCAAUGAUAGCUCGGAUACCUCAGUAUGGCCGGCAUCUCGCUACAACGAGAGAUCGGAUAGCUCAGUAUAGCCGGAGUCACGCGACAAUGAUAGCUCGGAUGGCUCAGUAUGGCCGGAGGAUAGCUACAAUGAUUGCUCGGAUAGCUGAGUAUGGCCGGGGUCUCCCUACAAUGAUAGAUCGGUUAGCUCAGUAUGGCCGGCGUCGCGCUACAAUGAUAGCUCCGAUAGCCCAGUAUGGCCGGAGUCUCGCCACAAUGAUAGCUCGGAUCGCUCAGUAUGGCCGGUGUCUUGCUACAAUGAUAGCUCGGCAAGCUCAGUAUGGCCGGGGUCUCGCCACAAUGAUAGCUCGGAUGGCUCAGUAUGGCCGGAGUGUCGCUACAAUGAUAGCUGGGAUAACUCAGUAUGGCCGGCGGCUCGCCACAAUGAUAGCUCGGAUCAUACACACGAGGCCGAUCGCUCGCUGCCCUCUCACUGUCCCGCCUCAGCAACACACACACAGGUCUUGA